AUUAAUGUAUCAUCAUUCAUUGAACCAUCCAUGCAUCCAUCUACUCAUCCACUUAUCCAUCUACUCAUCUAUCCACUCCAUCCAUCCAUCCAUCCAUCCACUCAUCCAUCCAUCCAUCCAUCCAUCCAUCCACUCACCCAUCCAUCCAUCCACUCAUCCAUCCAUCCAUCCAUCCACUCACCCAUCCAUCCAUCCACUCAUCCAUCCAUCCACUCAUCCAACCAUCCAUCCAUCCAUCCACUCAUCCAUCCAUCCAUCCACUCAUCCAUCCAUCUACUCAUCCAUCCAUCCAUCCACUCAUCCAUCCAUCCAUCCACUCAUCCAUCCAUCUACUCAUCCAUCCAUCCAUAUAUUUAUUAUCAUCCUUCCAUCAUCCAUUACUCAUCAUCCUUCCACCCAUCCAUCCAUCCAUCCACCCAUCCAUCCACUCCAUCCAUCCACCCACCCACCCAUCCAUCCAUCCAUCCAUCCAUGCAUCCACGCAUCGAUCCAUCCAUCCAUCCACCCACCCAUCCAUCCAUCCAUCCAUCCGCCCAUCCAUCCGCCCAUCCAUCCAUGCAUCUAUCCAUCCAUGCAUCCAUCCAUCCAUCCACCCACCCAUCCAUCCAUCCAUCCACUCAUCCAUCCAUCCAUCCAUCCAUCCAUCCAUGCAUGCAUGCAUGCAUCCAUCCAUCCCUCCACUCAUCCAUCCAUCCAUCCAUCCACUCAUCCAUCCAUCCAUAUAUUUAUUAUUCAUCCUUCCAUCAUCCAUUACUCAUUAUCCUUUCACCCAUCCAUCUACUCAUCUACUUAUUCAUCCAUCCAUCUAUAUUUAGCCAUCCAUUUAUAUUCAUUUAUCCUUCAGUUUAUCCAUUUAUCCAAUUAUUUAUCCAUCUCCCUUCCAUCCAUCCAUCCAUCCAUCCAUAUUUAGCCAUCUAUUUAUUCAUUUAUCCAUCAAAUCAUUCAGUCAUCCCUCCAUUCAUCUAUUUUCCCACCUGUUCAUUCAUUCAUUGAGUCAUUCAUCUCUUCAACAAAUACAUAUUGAGUUCCUACUAUAUGUUUGACACUAGUCCUUGGGGAUAUAUGACAACAACAAAGACAUGCAAAGUCCCUGCCCUAAUAAGGAGACACACAUUAGAUAAAUAAAAAGACACAUAACCAAGGCAACUGCAGUCACUGAUGGGUGCUGCAAAAAAGAUAAAGCAUGGUGAUAUUCUCAAGACCAUGGGGUGGGGUAGCAGCCCUUUCAAAUGGAUGAUGAGUGGGGAGCACACUUUGCAGCUGAGCCGUCAGUGAGGAGGAAACCAGCUAUACCAAGAGCUGGGCAAGACCAUUCUGGGCAGAGGGAAUGGCAGGUGUGAAACUCCUGGGGUGGGAAUGAACUGGAACAACAGAAAGAAAGCUGUUGUUGGAGCUUAGUGAGUGAGGGAGAGUUCAGAGUAAGAGGUUCUUAACCUGGGGUGCUGACAUGGAUUUCAGUAUCCAUGAACCACUUGACAUUCUUUGCAGAAGAUGGGUGUCUGGGCAUGUUAACCUAGGCCCCUGGAUUGCAUCACUCCAAAAGGAGACGACGCAAGACCAUCUGGCCUGCUGGAGAGAUGGGGACAUUGGAAGGGGAGGGGCCCCUCAUAUUUACAUGUCCAUGACACACAUUGAUCCUCCCACAACCCUCCAGAUAGACAAGAAUAGUCUCAUUUUAUAGAUGUGGCUCAGAGAGGGCAAGCAACUUGCCCAGGGUCACACAGCCUGGACUUGAACCAGGUCUGUCCUUCCCCCAAGUUCCUCGCUCCACAGUGAGUCAGAAGACAGAUUGUAUUUGCAGCUCAGGUCUCCUGGUUCUGAGUCUUUCUGACUUUCUUGUUCAAGAAACCAGAAGUUCUUCACCUAUGGCCCCAGGAUGGAUCGUGGUGGAAGGAGGGGGUGGAAAGGGCGGGAAUUUCUACAGCCGUGUGCCUGUCAUGAGUAGGCAUCCUCCCAGGAGCUGCCAUUUAAAAAUUUACACAAAGAUGACUUACAGGCUCAUACUGGCCCUGGGGGAGCCCUCAGAUCAGGGACUGUUGCCAAAAAAUUAAAAAGAGAGAAUGGUACCCAGAGAAAGAAAAUUGCAAAUGUCCAGUGUAAUGCCCUUUUCUGGGGAAAUGCCUUGUUGCACAUUGUUUUGGUCUGCUCCAAAACCAUUCAUGGCUCCCCAUUGCUUAUGGGAUAAGAGACAAGUGCUUCAGUGUGACAUUCAAGGUCUGCUCUGAGGUGAAGUUAAUCUGGGGUAUGUCCUUAACACCCCACUGGGCUCUGUUCCAGCUUGGUUUUAUUCAAUAUUGCUAUGAGUGGCUGUGUGUACAUUUGUGGCUGGCAGGAAACUGGGAGGUAUGGGGAACAUGCUGGAGGCCAGAAAGAGGGUUCCAAAAAAAAUUCUCUAAGGGCUGAACCAUCUACAAGGUGAAAGGUUAGGGGAAUUAAUACCAAGUCCUCCCUUUGGGUGCAAAUAAACUGGACCGCUAGAGGGCGAUAGAGACAUACUAUAGCAGGUCAGUUAUAGACUAGAGGCUAGACUUCCCAGGUCCGAAAUGUUACUAUCUAAGCUGUGGGACUUGUAUCUUGAUCUCACUGUUUGUAACAUCGGGAUAACGUGUCAAUCAUGCAUUCUGCCAAAUGCUCAAGUUACUAUUUGCUUUUUGUUUCUUUAGAUCUACUCCCUUUGCCCACACUGAUGUAUCUAAAUAUUGGAAACAUUGUGUCAUUUCCAGAAGUCAUUUGUCAUAGAUCAAAAAUAGAUACAGUAACAACAAAACUAGAUACAGUAACAACAAAAAGUAUUAUUAACUGCCCCUCAGUGAUUCUUAACCCAGUCUACACAGGAGAAUCCCCAGCUGAUUUUUAAAAAUUUUUUAUUGAAGUAUAGUUGAUUUGCAGUGUUGUGUUAAUUUCUACUGUACAGCAAAGUGAUUCCAUUAUGUAUAAUACACAUUCUUUUAAAAGUUCUUUUCCAUUAUGGUUUAUCACAGGAUAUUGAAUAUAGUUCCCUGUGCUAUGCAGUAGGACCUUGCUGUUUACCCAGCUGAUUUUUAAAAAAUUACUUUUAUUUUUAUUUAUUUAUUUGGUUGUGCUAGGCCUUGGUUGUGGCAUGCAAACUAUUAGUUGUGGCAUGCAUGUGGGAUCUAGUUCCUUGGCCAGGGAUGAAAUCUGGGCCCCCUGAAUUGGGAGCACAGAGUCUUAACCAUUGCACCAUCAAGGAAGUCCCCCAGCUGACUUUAAAGAAACGUUGGGGGCAAGGUGGAGAUACAGAUAACAAAUAGUGGUUACCAAAGGGAAGAGGGGUGGAGGGAGGGCCAAAAUAGGUGAAGGGGAUUAAGAGGUACAACUACUAGGUAUAAAAUAAAAAGUAUAAGGAUGUAAUGUACAACACAGAGAAUAUAGCCAAUAUUUUAUCAUAAGCUUAUAUGAAGUAUAAUCUAUAAAAAUAUUGAAUCACUAUGUUAUACAUUUGAAACUAAAAUAAUAUGCUAAGUCAAUUAUACUUCAAUUUAAAAAAAGAAGUAGCAGCAGACAUGGCCCCAUCUUACUCCAGACUAAUGAAACCAGGAGCUCUGAAAUUGGGCCCUGGACACUGGUAUUUUUUGUUUGUUUUUGUUUUUGUUUGUUUGGGGGCACUGGUAUUUUUGAAGCUCCUCAAGAGACAUCAAUGAACAGGCAGGGCCUUACACCAGGUAAGUCACAUAUCUCAGGCUCUGAACUCUUGUUCUGUUCUCUUAUUAUUAAGGAAGAUAAGAGGGUGUGAAAGAGGAGUUUAGGGACUUCCCUGGUGGCACAGUGGUUAAGAAUCCACCUUUCAAUCUCCCAACAAACAAAAGUCCAGGACCAGAUGGUGAUUUUUUAUCAAAUAUUUAGAGAAGAGCUAACACCCAUCCUUCUCAAGCUCUUCCAAAAAAUUGCAGAGGAAGGAACACUCCCAAACUCAUUUUAUGAGGCCACCAUCACCCUGAUACCAAAACCAAAGAUAAUACAAAAAAAGAAAAUUAGAGACCAAUAUCACUGAUGAAUUUAGAUGCAAAAAUCCUCAACAAAAUACUAGCCAACAGAAUCCAACAACACAUUAAAAGGAUCAUACACCAUGAUCAAGUGGGGUUUAUCCCUGGAAUGCAAGGAUUCUUCAAUAUACGUAAAUCAAUCAAUGUGAUACACCAUAUUAAUAAAUUGAAGGAUAAAAACCACAUGAUCAUCUCAAUAGAUGCAGAGAAAGCUUUUGACAAAAUUCAACACCUAUUUAUGAUAAAAAACGCUCCAGAAGGUGGGCAUAGAGGGAACCUACCUCAACAUAAUAAAGGCCAUAUAUGACAAACCCACAGCAAACAUCAUUGUCAAUGGUGAAAAACUGAAAGCAUUUCCUCUAAGAUCAGGAACAAGACAAGGAUGUCCACUCUUGCCACUACUAUUCAAUAUAGUUUUGGAAGUCCUUGCCAUAGCAAUCAGAGAAGAAAAAGAAAUGAAAGGAAUCUAAAUUGGAAAAGAAGAAGUAAAACUGUCACUGUUCUCAGAUGACAUGAUAUUAUACAUAGAAAAUCCUAAAGAUGCCACCAGAAAACUACUUGAGCUAAUCAAUGAAUUCGGUAAAGUUGCAGGAUACAAAAAUCAACACACAGAAAUCUCUUGCAUUUCUACACACUAACAAUGAAAGAUCAGAAAGAGAAAUUAAGGAAACAAUCCCAUUCACCAUUGCAACAAAAAGAAUAAAAUACCUAGGAAUAAACCUAACCAAGGAGGUAAAAGACCUAUACUCAGAAAACUAUAAGACACUAAUGAAAGAAAUCAAAGAUGACACAAACAGAUAGAGGGACAUACCAUGUUCUUGGAUUGGAAGAAUCAACAUUGUGAAAAUGACUAUACUACCCAAAGCAAUUUACAGGUUCAAUGCAAUCCCGAUCAAAUUGCCAAUGGCAUUUUUCACAGAACUAGAACAAGAAAUUUUAUGAUUUGUAUGGAAACACAAGAGACCCCAAAUAGCCAAAUCAAUCUUGAGAAGGAAAGACGGAGUUGGUGGAAUCAGGCUCCCUGACUUCAGGCUAUACUACAAGACUGCAGUGGUCAAGACAGUAUGGUACUGGCACAAAAGCAGAAAUAUAGAUCAAUGGAACAGGAUAGAAAGCCCAGAGAUAAACUAUGGUCAACUAAUCUGUGACAAAGGAGGCAAGGAUACACAAUGGAGAAAAGGCAGCCUCUUCAAUAAGUGGUGCUGGGAAAACUGGACAGCUACAUGUAAAAGAAUGAAAUUAGAACACUCCUUAGCACCAUACCCAAAAAUAAAAUCAAAAUGGAUUAAAGACCUAGAUGUAAGGCCAGACACUGUAAAACUCCUAGAGGAAAACAUAGGAAGAACACUCUUCGACAUAAAUCACAGCAAGAUCUUUUUUAAUCCACCCCCUAGAGUGAUGGAAAUAAAAACAAAAAUAAAUAAGUGGGACCUAAUGAAACGUCAAAGCUUCUGCACAGCAAAGGAAACUAUAAGCAAGAUGAAAAGACAACCCUCAGAAUGGGAGAAAAUAUUUGCAAACGAAUCAACAGACAAAGGACUAAUCUCCAAAAUACAUAAACAGUUCAUCCAGCUCAAUAUCAAGAAACAAACAAACAACCCAAUCAAAAAAUGGGCAGAAGACCUAAAUAGGCAUUUCUCCAAAGACGACAUACAGAUGGCCAAGAAGCACAUGAAAAGCUGCUCAACAUCACUAAUUAUCAGAGAAAUGCAAAUCAAAACGACAAUGAGGUAUCACCUCACACCGGAUAGAAUGGGCCUCAUCAGAAAAUCUACAAACAGUAAAUGCUGGAGAGGGUGUGGACUGUUAGUGGGAAUGUAAAUUGAUACAGCCACUAUGGAGAACAGUAUGGAGGUUCCUUGCAAAACUAAAAAUAGAACUACCAUAUGACCCAGCAAUCCCACUGCUGGGCAUAUACCCAGAGAACACCGUAAUUCAAAAAGACACAUGCACUCCAAUGUUCAUUGCAGCACUAUUUACAACAGCCAGGACAUGGAAACAACCUAAAUGUCCAUCAACAGAUGAAUGGAUAAAGAAGAUGUGGUACAUAUAUACAAUGGAAUAUUACUCAGCUGUGAAAAGCAAUGAAACUAGGACAUUUGUAGAAACAUGGAUGGACCUAGAGACUGUCAUACAGAGUGAAGUGAGUCAGAAAGAGAAAAACAAAUAUCGUAUAUUAACACAUAUAUGCGGACUAUAGAAAAAUGGUACAAAACAACUGGUUUGUAAGGCAGAAAUAGAGACAUAGAUGUAAAGAACAAACAUUUGGACACCAAGUGGGGAAAGCGGGGAGGGUUGGGGGAGAAUGAAUUGGGAGAUUGGGAUACCAAGUUGUACACUCUAAAUAUAUGCAGUUUAUUGUCUGUUAAAAAAAAAAAAAAGAA